AUGGAUCACACACGAAUCACUCGACUUGCUCUCGCGACAGUCGUCUUGGUUGUCUUGAGCCUGAACGUACAGGCGAAAGAACCGGUGACGAUGGACAACUUCGUUCGGGCAGAGACCGAUCGGUACUUUGCACGGUUCGUCAUGGGAGGCGGCUUGGGCAAGUUUCGGCACGUGCGAAAUCUUACACCGAUCGAAGCCCAGACGGUUAUUCGGAUGAAUCGAGACACGCUGUACUCUUCUGCGGUUUUCGACUUGGAGGCUGGACCGGUCACGCUGAUCAAGCCCGACUCGGGCGACCGCUUUCAGUCGAUGCAGGUGAUCAACGAAGACCACUUCACGAAGAUGGUCGUCUAUGAUGCGGGCGAGUACGAACUCACGAAAGAUGAAAUCGGCACGCGAUACGUAUGUGUGUUGGUGCGGACGCUGGUCGACCCGAGCGAUCCGGCAGACAUUAAAAUGGCCAACGCCCUGCAAGAUCAAAUCGAUGCGCGUCAGGAAGCGACAGGCGAGUUCGAUGUUCCCAAGUGGGACCAGAAGCAACUAACCGCGAUUCGCGACCGGCUGAACAAGAUUGCUGCCGUCGGGCAGGCCAUCUCCGACGACAAUCCUAAGUUCGGCGACGAGGGGGAAGUCGAUCCCCUGGUGCAUCGCGUGGCCACUGCGUAUGGCUGGGGUGGAAGCCCGCGUGAAGCGGCCAUCUAUAUGCGGGGGGCACCUGAGAAGGGCGAAGAGGAUGUUCCGCAUACCAUAACGCUCAGCGAUGUACCGGCCGACGGGUUCUGGUCGGUCACGGUCUACAACGACAAAGGCUACUUCGACAAGAACGAGUACGAUGCGUACUCGGUGAACGGUCGCAACGCCCAGAGAAACCCCGACGGGAGCGUGACCGUUCACUUCGGCGGCGACCCCAGCCAGCCGAAUUAUCUGCCUGUGGGCGAAGGCUGGAAUUACGUUCUCCGGCUAUUCCGGCCUCGUCAGGAAGCCCUCGAAGGAAAGUGGAAGUUUCCAACGAUUGAACCGGUGCCGGCCCGGGAUCUUUUUUCGAAUGGGCUUUGGUGCGGCCCCUCGUUCAUGUGGGAGAUGCUAAUGAGCCAUCCAGCAGUGUCCAUCCGUCUUUCUUUAUUUGCGGCGGCAUGCGCGGUCGCCUUGGCCAAUCAAACGGCCUACUCACAAACCUCGACCAAGGUAUUGAACUUCAGCGGCGGAGCCGGUUUUUCUGGCACAAUCUCGGGCGAUAUCACGGCCACAGUGAAAACGCAGACCAACGACGCCAGCAUCCAAACACAGGGCGUCCUCGAUGUUCUCGACUUGGACAUCGACUUUAUCAAUGGUGGCGGGUUUUUGAAUGCCUUCCCCAACGGCGAUUCUCGCAAUAACACGGCUUCGACCACCAUCAAUAUUGGUAUGUCGAGCCUGGGCAUUAACAUUCCAACCACUCCCUUCAGCAGCGGGGUGAGCGGCUCGAUGACCGUUACCGCUGGCGACAACCUGGCCAAUGGUGUGGUUGGUGCGAUCGACGCUGGAGUCGCUGGGUCGGACGGUGCGUGGGAUGAUCCCUUGCAGACUGGCAUUCUCAACAAUGCCACGGUCGAUUCUUUCACGGCAACACUCGACGACGACAUCAACGCGACCGUCAAUGUGACCGGCGGACUAGCCGCAUCGAUCCCCAACGAUAUUACGAUUCCGAACAUCGUCGACGAGACCUUUCUUGAUGCCGAUCUUCGGUUGAAGAACUCGUCGACGGUCUCCGUAGAUUUCACCGAUGUGCAGAGCUUAAGCCUGAAGGAUCUGGCAUUUAGUUCAUCGGUGCCUGUCAGUCUGAGUAACCCGGAGAGCAACUUCAUUGAGAACCUGCAUCCAACUGGGGUGCCUCAAUUGGAUCUUUCGACUUCGGGCUCGGACCUAGUGCUGACCACGGUUUCUGGAACGCUUUCAGCCGACCUUCUGGGUACCAUCUUCGGUAGCAUCGAUAUUGCAGCCGAUCUCUCGGUGAUUGGGAUCAUCAACUUUUCCGUCGACUUCGACGACGUUGUGGAUGGUGCAUUGAGCGAUCCGGAUGUGUCUUUAUUGGAACUCAACGAGAGUAUCGAGCUUCCUGAUGUCGAGCUUCCUUUCGGUUUUUCGGUGUUGCACGAUGCCACUUCGGACGUGGACUUCGACGACGUUCUGGCGGCAAUGCAAACCACCACAUUUGGACUGUCGCUGCCUGUCUCGCUGCUUGAGGAAGAUGUCGUCCUCAAUCUGCCAGCGAUCGAUUUCGAACUGGGAACCGACAGCGGUACCGGUGGCGUGGCCGGCUCGUUCGAAGUGGACGAAGGAUUCUUUGCCAAUGGCACCAUCGAACUCGAACACUUGCUGGCUCAACUGGGCGGGCAAGUCGUACUCGAUCUCGAAGCCGACUUGAUGCUGAGCGCCGAUCUUUACACCUCGGCGUUCGAGGCUGCGGCAAUCAAUGUUGUGCCCGAGCCUUCGUCGAUUGUUAUGGCGGCCAUGUCGGGCCUAGCACUCGUGGCCUGUGGAAUUCGCCGUCGUCGUAAGAAAUAG